AUAAUUAAAAAAGAAGAGAUAAUUUAGCCACACACGGACAUAUGACUAUCGUUAUCCCUCUCAACUCAGCUGAGAAAAUGGAAGCUCUGAUGCAGCUAGCACCUGCGGCGCCUCUUUAUUCGACCACUCGGAAAAGAAAGAAGCUUUUACCGCGAAUUUCCUCAAGCACUUGGGACUCGUAUCAACGUUUUCAUCUCAAGGGGAAAUAUGAGGAUUGUGUUGAUGGUCUUGAUACUUGGGAUUCUGAGUCACUAAUAGGUGUACCCAGUGGAGACAGAUUAUUACCAAUUCAUGAGAAACAUGUUUAUGCAAAGCAGUCAAAAGGUCUCUUGCCCGAAAGUUCUACCUUAUCAGCACUGUUGCUCUACUAUGCACGCAACAAUUUAUUCUCCAAAGCACAGACGAUUUGGGACGACCUGCUCAACAGCUCGUUCAUGCCCGAUCCCGAAUUAGUCUCCGAAUUAAUCUUUAUCUACGGUAGAAUCGGAGAUUUUGACAGGGUCGCCAAAAUUCUGCACGAGAUGCAAAUAAAAGAUUCUAAAUUGUUGCCAGAUAUAAUGAGUCUGUCCGUAACUAGUUUUGGCCAGAGAGGAUACCUUGACUGCAUGGAAAUGAUGAUUCAAAAAAUAGUUGCCAUGGGUUAUCCCGUGAGCUCUGUGGCUGGCAAUGCUUACGUUGUUCACUACAGCACUUUUGGCUCAUUGGCCGAUAUGGAAUUAGCCGUUGGCCGUCUCAAGCGUUCGAGGAUUCUCAUCGAGGAAAAUGCCAUACGCGCAGUUUCUUUGGCGUAUAUAAAGAAAAAUAAGUUUUAUUCUUUGGGCCGUUUCGUGAAUGAUGUGGGACUCGGAAGGAAAAAUGUAGGCAAUCUUCUUUGGAACCUUCUGCUGCUGUCUUAUGGCGCGAAAUUCAAGAUGAAGAGUUUGCAGAGAGAGUUUGUGCGGAUGGUGGAGUCCGGGUUUUGUCCUGAUUUGGACACGUUUAAUAUUAGAGCACUCGCUUUCUCGAGGAUGUGUUUGAUGUGGGAUUUGCACUUGAGCCUUGAGCAUAUGAAGCAUGAUGGGAUUUGUCCCGAUCUCGUGACUUAUGGCUGUGUUGUGGAUGCGUACAUGGAAAGGAGGCUCGGGAGGAAUUUGAGAUUCGCUUUGGGGAAAAUGGGUUGGGAUGGUCGAGUGUUGAUGGGGACGGAUUAUCUCGUUUUCGAGGCUAUGGGGAAAGGCGAGUUCCAUUCGAGCUCGGAAGUUGUGAUGGAGUACUGGGGAAGAAAAGAUUGGACCUACAGAAUGCUUGUCUCUGUCUACCUUAAGAAAAAAUUCCGUAGGAAUCAGAUAUUUUGGAAUUACUGAUGCCGAGUAAAUUACAACUUUAGUUCUGUAUGUUUCACUACCCUAACUUUUUCGUCCUCUUCGAAUUGUGUUUUUUAUUUUCGUCCCGUAUGU